UUUUGAGUGAGGCUCACAGUGACAGUUGCCAUCAUUCCGUAUUUCAUUACUUCCUCCUUUUGAAAAGUCCAGUUCAGAGGGUAACUUUCUUAAGCUCCUGCCUGAUAACCAAUCCUCCUGGAGCAGCCCAGGCACAGAGGAGGGAAGCAGCAAGGAAAAGCAACAAACUGGUGUAGUAAAUUGCAACUUGCAACUCAGAGAACAAUGUUUAUGUACCUUGGAAGACUCUGCUAGAGCUUAGACAAAACACAGGUUAUAAAGGCACUACCUGUGCAACAGCAAAGUCUCACUUCUGCUAAGAGUGCUAGUGAGGAGCCAUCAAACAACACAGAGGUGCAACACUCCCAACUGGAAGGGAAAAUUCCCAAACUAUCCAGCCCUAGGCUCUGCCAUGGCCAUGAAAACAAUCGGCUCAAAGAAAUACCUCCAGCUGCUCCUUUUUCAGGUUGUUCUUCUAGGGCCUGUCUUCUGUGGGAAGAUACUGGUUUGGCCAACAGAAGGCAGCCACUGGCUGAAUAUGAAUAUAAUUAUACAGGAGCUCAUCCGCCGUGGGCACAGCUUUACAAUCCUGGUAUCCAACGCUACCCUCUACAUUGAACCCAGGCCUAAGGCCACGGAGAAGUUUGAGACCUAUAACGUGCCCUUCAAGAAAGAUGUUCCUGAGAGCCUGAUUAAUGGAAUAGUGGAUCUAUGGCUCAACAACAGGCCAACUGUCUUGACCUUCUGGCAGUUUUACAAGGAGCUGGGAAGGCUGUCCGUAGGCUGGCAGGAGAUGAACAAAAUGAUGUGUGAUGCAGUGCUGACCAACCAAGAGCUGAUGGCUCGUCUGCAGGGGUCUGGCUUUGACCUGCUGCUGUCAGACCCUGUGACCCCCUGUGGGGAACUCCUGGCUCUCAAGCUGGGAAUUCCCUUUAUCUACUCACUACGUUUCUCCCCAGCCUUCACUCUGGAAAGGCACUGUGGCAAGAUCCCCACCCCACCAUCCUACACACCUGCAGCCCUUUCUGAGCUCACUGACCACAUGUCUUUUGGGGAGAGAGUAAAAAACUUUGUGUCUUACCACCUGCAAGACUACGUUUUCCAGAGCUACUGGGGACAUUGGGAUAUCUACUACAGCAAGGCCUUAGCUGACAACAGCCACUGGCUGAACAUGGAGCACAUACUACAGGAGCUUGUGGUCCAGGGCCAUGAGGUGACCGUGCUGCUGCCUUCAUGCUUCCUCAUCCUCAAUCCCAUGCAGCCCUCACCCUUCCAGUUUGAGGUGAUUGAGGUGCUAAUCACCACAAAAGAGAUGAUUGACUUAAUGGAUGAAACUUUAUAUUUUUUUAAUGAGGAGAGAGAGCUACCUAUCUGGAAAGGUGCUUACAAGAUAGCUCAAAAGAUGUUGCAGAUGAAGAAAACCAAAAUCAUUUGUGAUGGAGUUGUGAAGAAUGAGGCCCUGAUGGAAAGACUGAGGGCAUCCGCCUUCAAUGUCCUUUUGGCAGACCCGCUAUUUCCCAGUGGGGAGCUGGUUGCUGAGAAGCUGGGCAUCCCCUUUGUGUAUACCUUCGGGUUCUCCAUGGGCAACACGGUGGAGCAGCUCUGUGGAACACUCCCAGCACCUCCUUCCUACAUACCAACCACCCUAACCAGCCUAACAGAUAGGAUGACCUUCUGGCAAAGGCUAGAAAACUUCCUCAGCUACACUCUGCAGGAUUUCAUAUUUCAUUAUGUUCUCUGGACCAACUGGGAUAAAUACUACAGUGAAGUUUUAGGAAAGCCCACAACUCUGUGUGAGACGAUGGGGAAAGCAGAGAUUUGGUUAAUCAGAACAUACUGGGAUUUCGAAUUUUCACGCCCUUUCCUGCCCAACUUUGAGUUUGUUGGAGGACUUCAUUGCCAGCCUGCAAAACCAUUACCAAAGGAAAUGGAAGAAUUUGUUCAAAGCUCAGGGGAACAUGGUGUCAUUGUAUUCACUCUUGGAUCGAUGGUCUACAACCUAAGUGAUGAAAAAAGUAAUGUGAUCGCCAAAGCCCUCAGCCAGCUUCCACAAAAGGUCCUCUGGCGGUACAAAGGGAAAAAACCAGAAACUCUGGGCUCCAACACCAGGAUUUUUGACUGGAUACCACAAAAUGACCUGCUUGGCCAUCCCUUGACUAAGGCCUUUAUUACACAUGGUGGGACCAAUGGGCUCUAUGAAGCCAUCUACCAUGGGAUCCCCAUGGUUGGGAUUCCCAUGUUUGCUGACCAGCAUGACAACAUUGCUCACAUGGUAGCAAAAGGAGCUGCAGUUCAGGUGGAUUUCAACACAAUGAAGAUGCAGGACCUCGUUGAUGCACUGAACACAGUCAUUUACAAUUCCACCUAUAAGGAAAAUGCUCUAAAGUUAUCCAAGAUACAGCAUGACCAGCCUGUUAAGCCUCUGGAUAGAGCUGUCUUCUGGAUUGAAUUUGUCAUGCGUCACAAAGGAGCAAAACACUUGAGACCAGCUGCUCACCAUCUCACCUGGUACCAGUACCACUCCCUGGAUGUUCUGGCAUUCUUGUUCACCUGUACAGCCACUAUUGUCUUCAUUCUUUUCAAGUGCUGCCUAUGUUGCUGUAGAAGAUGUGGCAGAAUUGCAAAGAGGAAGAAAGAAUAGACACCUUGUUCCCAGCAGCAGUUUUCUUCUCCUAGGCUGAUUAAGUAAGGCAUUUAGGCAUAUUAUUUGGAGAACAAGUUUAUUGGGAUAUGCCUUAAGCUGGGCAUAUCAUGAAUGCACCACAACAAAGCUGUUGUUGGGCAGAGCUGCUUGCUUAGCCAGCAAAUUCUUUCUGGUCUAAAUAAAAUUGAAUUAUAGUUACUUUAUCCCUCGGGACCAUGUUAGCUGAUCACACAUGGUCCUUGCCAUGGAAAUUGUUGCUCUAAGUUUUCAAAUAUCUCAAACAUUUUGGUAUAUUUUGUAAAUUCAACCUGUGGGUCUGCAACUAGGCUCCUUAUCCUAACUCUGUCCUUUCCUCUAGUGUCAUGCAGGCUUGAUCACUGAUUCACAACCAAUCAUGCCUCCUCUCCUGUCAGAAAAGCUUUCUCCAGACUGGACAGUGAAUCCAAGAUCAUGGGCUCCUAAAAAAUGCCCAUCUGAAUGGCCAUGAUCAUGAAAACUGGGAGAUGCAAGUUGCAAAUGCCCUGACUACUUGGGGGCUGAGGGGAGACUUGAAUCCUAAGACCAUAAAAAAAAUACUUUCCUGGGAACCAUUUCUUUCCCAUUCAGUUUGGAAUUCCUACUGCACAGGCCAUCAUUCUAACUGCAACACUGCAGGCAUGUGAAAACCACUUCUGUCAGGAACUUGCCCAUCUUAACCCCCAAACGCCUCUGAGCCAUGCUAAUUGAUAAAUGCAGGAAAAGAUCUAGAGAGGGAACUUGCAAAGAGAUAACAUUCCAUGUGGGAACAGCAAAAUAGCCCCUUGCCUUGCCUGAAAAGUUGGACAGAAAAUGGUGCUGCACUUGGGUCAGAUAAGAGAGGUAGUAAAUGUAAUACUUCUUCAGGUGGAUAAAGAUGCCUGUAAAACGCUGCUAGUCCAGGCCUCCUGUUCUAGGUAAGGUUAUUUCACUGCUGUGCCAGCUUACUCAAGAAAAAACCUGUUAGAAUUUUAACUGAUAUUUUU